UUUUAAGGAAAACUGGCAAACGGCGUCCUGUUGCACUGUUGCACUGUUGCACUGUUGCAGUCCCAAAAGCGACAUCGUUUUGGGAUAAAGAUGAGGGUAUAUAGGGUUUGGCAUGGGGCUUUGUGAGUUUCGCGAACAUUCUCAGAGCUUCUCUCUACGCGGCGAUUGCGAUUGCGACUACGACUGUCUCCUGAUUAUCGCCUCUCUGUGAGAUCUCCGGGAUAAGUAAUCGAAGAUGGAUAUGAAUCAGCUAUUCAUGCAAUCUAUUGCAAACAGUCGUGGACUCUGUCAUCCAGAUUGCGAAAAAGCAAAUAAUGAGCGUGAAGAUUAUGAUGCGUCUCAACAUGCCGCUAUGGUAGCGGUGAAUCUGAUUAGCUCUGCACGGGUUAUCCUCAAGCUUGAUGCUGUGUAUACUGAGUACUCAGCUCAGUAUUUGGUGGAUAAUGCUGGGAAGGAAGACAACCAGGGAGAAAUGGAUCAACAAAGCUCUCAGCUCACUCUCCAAAACUUGCUUCAGUAUAUGGAUGAAAAUGUCUGGAAUAAGAAGGAAGAUGUGCAGGGAGAAAGGGAGCAACCACUCACUGUCAAAGACUGCCUUGAAUGUGCUUUCAAGUAAGGGCUACCGAGAAGUGAGCAGUGGGCACAUGUGGGAUGUCCGUUCAAGGCUCCACCAUUUGCCUGUCAGAUUCCUCGCGUGCCCAUGAAAGGAGAAGUGAUUGAGACUAAGAGUUUGGAUGAAGCGUUUAAGCUGUUGAUUAAACAACCGGUGGGAGCAAGACUCCAUGUCUUCAGUCCAGAGCUUGAUAAUGUUGGAGAGGUAAUGUGUUGUUAGAUAAAUUUCGAAUUUUCAGAGAUCAAUGACAAAGUUUUGAUCUAAUCUUGUUCAACUUUUUUGUUUGUGUGGUAGGGAUUUUACGAGGGCCUGUCUAGCCAGUCUAGUAAGGAAUCACGCUAUGUUGGACUUAGGGAUGUAAUCAUAGUUGCAGUGGAUAAGUCCGAGGGAAAAACUGUUGCUACUGUGAAGAUCUGUUACAAGAAGAAGACUUCAUUUGUCAAAGUGCUUGUGAGCCGUAUGUUUGUCCAGCUUGGUGGUGGUGAGGAGUCUCAGGUGAAAGAGCCAGCAGGUCUGCUUGUUGACUUCUGUAUCCCACGCUUAUCUGUCAACUAAACAAGAGCUGAGAUCUUAUCUGCUAGUUGUGGAACCUCUCUAUGUUGGUCUUAUUUUAAGAAUGUUUUAUCAGACUUAUUUUCUGUUAUCUUGAAAACCGUAUGCUUGUUGUGAAACCCUGGUUGUUGUUUGAAGUUAAGAUUGUUUUAUGAGACUUUUAUCUGUGUGUUUAGAAGUUAUUGGUCGCGCUACUUUC